AUGAACCGCAACAACAUCUAUAGCAACAACGAGACAAGUGACAACAACCAUCCGAUGGACGACGCAUUGUUGAGUGAAGACGAAGAACGCGAAUUCCUGAAUGAUCUAGAGGGUCCGCCGACUGUCAGUACUUCUUGCGCAGAAGAGCUCUUUGACAGUGUCCUUCCUCCCUUGCACCACGUAACGAUUCCCAACGCCAGCAGCCGACGUCGCGCUCAUACGGUCGACACGGUCCAACAACAACGCCGCGCUUCCGAGAGUAUCAUCCACAACCAGAAUCAGUUGUUGUUGGAAGAUGGCCAAGACGACGACGAUAGCACGCUCAGCGUCGAUUUGGAAGAGCACAAUGACACGUCCUUAUUCCGUCGUCCGGAUGAGACUACCGCUCCUACGAGUCAACGAACGCUUCGCUUGACGCUAUCGCAGGAGAGUCGGUUACAGCGCCGUCAAAUGCUGGUCAAUUCACGCUGUGUCCGAGGAUUCCUGACUCUCUUUGUCUAUGGCAUUUUGGUACUUCAACCCUCCUUGUUGACGGCCACGGCUCCGGAUGCACUCGAACCGCUCGAUACUCCAACGACACAGCCCAUCAACAACUCUACAUACAACAACAAGAAAAAGACGCUAGUCCCACUCGCCAAUCUGCCCAAAUUCCGACACAAACCACGGACUGCGGGUAUGACCAAAUACCACAAGACUAAUAGCACCGCGGCACACCAUACCGCCCCUCCCCAAAUUUACCACAAAAAGCAGCGGCCCAUUCUCAGUGCAGCCCAUUCCUAUCAAUUCCAUCAGGAACCAUUGGCGUUUGGCCGAGAGUUGAAAACUUCCUUUGUUGUUGACUCCAGCGACUAUUCAAGAGAAGCUCCGUCGCAAUUCUUUUGGGGAACCAGUCUCGUUUGGUUGUCGCUAUUGUGUCUUAUUGUCGACACUUCCUACCGCGAGUGGCAGUAUUACCGAUGGCAUCGGCGUCAGCCCUCCACUUCUUCUUCUUCUCGGCGACAGCAUCAUCGACGAUCGCCCAGCCCAGUUCCCGUGCGACGCCGACAACAGCAACGGCGGAGACCGCAACAACGACCUCGAUUUGAUUCCUUCUAG